UCCUGCUACUUGCCAAGCCACUCUCCCCGUCUCCCACACCCUCACGCUAUACAGAAGAUAUUUUUCCCUCCCAAUAUAAAAUCCCAAACAUCGCCAUACCGUCUCCUUCUUUUACUCUCGUUUAGCUUUAGCCUCUAGGGUUAUCCAUGGAAAGAGCAGCUCUGCUCCGCUCUCUCACAUGUUCUCCUCUCGCCUGCAACGCGUUCCUCUUCCGCUCCUCUGCUCAUAGAUUCUCUCGCGCUUCCCUAUCCCCUUUCUCUCGCUCUUCCUCAUCUUUCGCCCCAAAGCGCCACCGUUUGAUUCCCCAUCCCACCAGACGAACCCUGCUCCGCCGGAGCUUGCUCUCUACUACGUCUUCCGCCUCUUCUCUUAACCUCAGAAAACGAUUAUCCUCUCUCUCCACGCGCGCCGUCGCCACACCCCCCACCCAAACUUCCCAUGAGUUUGCAGGGGCUCGAGAUGAGGUUGCCGAGAAGCUCGGGUUCGAGAAAGUGUCCGAAGAGUUCGUCGGAGAGUGCAAAUCAAGAGCCGUUCUCUACAAGCACAAAAAGACUGGUGCAGAGGUUAUGUCGGUGUCGAACAGCGACGAGAAUAAGGUCUUCGGCGUUGUCUUCCGCACUCCUCCAAAAGAUUCCACCGGGAUUCCACACAUAUUGGAACACAGCGUGCUGUGUGGGUCAAGAAAGUAUCCCCUGAAAGAACCAUUCGUUGAAUUAUUGAAAGGCAGUUUGCAUACUUUUCUAAAUGCAUUCACAUAUCCUGAUAGGACUUGUUACCCAGUUGCUUCCACAAAUACAAAAGAUUUCUAUAACUUGGUUGAUGUAUACCUGGAUGCUGUCUUCUUCCCAAAAUGUGUGGAAGACUUCCAUACUUUUCAACAGGAGGGUUGGCAUUACGAGCUAAACGAUCCUUCAGAAGAUAUAUCUUAUAAAGGUGUCGUUUUCAAUGAGAUGAAAGGUGUCUAUUCCCAGCCUGAUAAUAUAUUAGGGCGGACAGCUCAACAGGCUCUCUUCCCAGACAAUACUUAUGGUGUUGACAGUGGAGGUGAUCCACAAGUUAUUCCGAAAUUGACAUUUGAGCAGUUCAAGGAAUUUCAUCGUAAAUAUUACCACCCCAGCAAUGCCAGGAUAUGGUUUUAUGGCGACGAUGAUCCAAAUGAACGCCUACGUAUCUUAAGUGAGUAUCUGGAUAUGUUUGAUGCAAGUUCUGCUCCAAACGAAUCAAAAAUUGAACCACAAAAACUAUUUUCAGACCCAGUCAGGAUUGUCGAGAAAUAUCCUGCUGGUGAAUGUGGGGAUCUGAAGAAGAAGCAUAUGGUUUGCCUUAAUUGGUUACUCUCUGAUAAGCCCCUAGAUCUGGAAACUGAGCUUACCCUUGGGUUCUUGGAUCAUCUUAUGUUGGGAACUCCUGCUUCUCCAUUAAGGAAAAUCUUGCUGGAAAGUGGCUUAGGAGAGGCCAUAGUUGGUGGUGGGGUUGAAGAUGAGCUCCUUCAGCCUCAGUUUAGCAUUGGUUUGAAGGGUGUCUCUGAACCUGAUAUUGAAAAGGUAGAAGAAUUAAUCAUGAGUACGCUUGCAAAGUUAGCGGAGGAAGGUUUUGAUGCUGAUGCUGUGGAGGCAUCCAUGAACACGAUUGAGUUUUCUCUUAGGGAAAACAACACCGGAUCAUUUCCUCGUGGCUUGUCGCUGAUGCUUCGGUCCAUUGGUAAAUGGAUAUAUGAUAUGGACCCCUUUGCGCCAUUAAAGUAUGAAAAGCCCUUAAUGGCCCUAAAAGCCAGAAUAGCAGAGGAAGGCUCCAAAGCUGUCUUUUCUCCUCUAAUAGAGAAAUUCAUCUUGAAAAAUCCUCAUCGUGUUACCAUAGAAAUGCAGCCUGAUCCAGAUAAAGCUUCACGUGAUGAAGAAGCUGAAAAGGAAAUUUUGGAGAAUGUUAAAGCAAGUAUGACAGAGGAAGAUCUUGCCGAGCUAGCACGUGCCACACAGGAGUUACGAUUGAAGCAGGAAACUCCUGAUCCACCUGAAGCCCUGAGAAGUGUCCCAAGCCUCUCUUUGCAAGACAUCCCAAAGGAACCAAUUUGCAUUCCUAUAGAGGUCGGGGGUAUCAAUGGAGUAAAAGUUUUGCAGCAUGAUCUCUUUACAAAUGAUGUACUGUACACUGAAGUUGUCUUCAAUAUGGGUACACUAAAGCAAGAGCUGCUCCCUUUGGUACCACUUUUUUGCCAAUCAUUGCUGGAGAUGGGUACAAAAGACUUGACUUUUGUUCAACUUAAUCAGUUAAUUGGAAGAAAAACUGGAGGAAUAUCAGUUUAUCCAUUCACGUCAUCUGUACGAGGUAGAGAGGAUCCAUGUAGCUAUAUAGUUGUUCGAGGCAAAGCCAUGGCAGAACGUGCUGAAGACCUAUUUUACCUGGUUAAUCGUGUUCUUCAAGAAGUCCAGUUUACAGAUCAGCAGCGGUUUAAACAGUUUGUCUCACAAAGCAAAGCAAGAAUGGAGAACCGGUUAAGAGGUAGUGGUCAUGGAAUUGUGGCUGCAAGAAUGGGUGCGAAGUUAAAUGUUGCCGGGUGGAUUUCUGAGCAGAUGGGUGGUUUCAGUUACCUAGAAUUCUUGCAAUCUCUCGAAGAGAAAGUUGAUCAAGAUUGGGCUGGAAUUUCUUCAUCUCUUGAGGAGAUCCGCAAGUCCUUACUUUCAAGGAACGGUUGCCUUGUAAAUUUGACUGCUGAUGGAAAAACCCUCACAAACUCGGAAAAGUUUGUUAGCAGAUUUAUUGAUUCACUUCCUAGCAGCUCUCUUGUUGAAACAACUAAUUGGAAUGCCCGGCUUCAUUCUUCGAAUGAAGCCAUUGUGAUACCCACUCAGGUCAAUUAUGUUGGUAAAGCAGCUAACAUUUAUGAAACUGGUUAUCAACUCGAUGGGAGUGCACAUGUAAUUUCAAACUACAUUAGUAAUACAUGGUUAUGGGAUCGUGUGCGAGUUAGUGGUGGGGCUUACGGAGGCUUUUGUAACUUUGAUACUCACUCAGGAGUCUUCUCCUUCUUAUCUUAUCGUGACCCCAACUUGUUAAAGACACUGGAUGUAUAUGACGGAACUGUGGAUUUUCUCCGUGGGUUGGAAAUGGAUGAUGAUACACUCACAAAAGCCAUUAUUGGGACCAUUGGAGAUGUGGAUUCAUACCAGCUCCCUGAUGCCAAAGGUUAUAGCAGUAUGUUGCGGUAUCUGUUGGGAAUCACAGAAGAAGAAAGGCAAAGAAGACGUGAAGAGAUAUUAUCAACCAGGCUGCAAGACUUCAAGGAAUUUGCCGAUGCAAUUGAGUCAAUUAAAGACAAAGGUGUCGUGGCUGCAGUGGCUUCUCCGGAUGAUGUUGAAGCUGCGCUCAAGGAACGCUCUAACUUCUUUCAAAUAAAGAAAGCCCUCUAAGACUCGAAAAAUUUCUACCAGAGCAGACAAUUCUGUGAUACAAUUUUUUUCUCCUACCGGGGGGUUAUAAGAUGGUCAAAGAGCCCCAGAUUUUUCUAAGUGGAAGAAAAGAUUUAGGGCCCGUAGAUUACAUGAAAAGAAAAUUUGACUUUUGCAACAUGAAUUUGUACAAUAGUCGGGCUCAACAUAUUUCUUAGUUUAUAACAUCAUUUGGUUUGAACAAUGGUAUGUACAGUUCCCAAUGAGGACUGCAUUGCAAGUUCAGUCAAUUUUAUCUUUAAAUUUUUUUAAAAUUACAA